AUGUCGACCACUGUGACCAUUGCAUGGCUUCCUGUUAAGAAGGAUGCUGAGAGCAGCACGGCUGUCGCCAGUCUGAAGGGGUUGAAGGAUGCGAAGCUGGCAACUCCAGGUCUUGAGCACGCUUACCACGGCAAGGGGACCGAUCCCAACGAGCCUCCCGCUGUUGAAAUUAUAGAUAUCUGGUCUUCCGCGGACGCAGCCAAGGCAGCUGCCUCAAGCUCUCACGCCGCUGAGGUCAAGAAGCUGUUCGAGGAGAUACUCGACAAGUCGAACCCCGAGGUCCGCCCCGUUCACAACCUAUUCACACUCAACGGCGACUUCGUCAAGGUCGCCGAGUCUCCCAUCGUGCAAAUCGCGGCUACCAUCGUUCCCACCUCGGUCAGUGCCUCGGACUUCGAGGCCGCUUUCAACGACGUCGUGAAAGCAGGCGGUGCGCCCGACGGCUUUGUCGCCGGGGCCCAUGGAUGGGGCGCGGAGGAGAUUGAUCACCCCAAGGCCGGAAAGUCCAAGGUAUUCCUGGCGACGAGUGGUUGGACGAGCGAGAAUAAGGCCAAUGCGGCCAAGUCGGGUGCGGAGAAGACGUUCGAGCCCCUGAAGAAGUUCACAGAGCAUCACCAUGUUCGCACAACCGUUCUCACCAAGGAGAAAUGA